GCUCACAGCUCACAGCUCACAGCUCACGAUCAAACAUGCAGGACAGCCUCGACAACAUCGAUGACGACGACAACGUCGAGCUCGGCCUAGACCCACAUGCCGCCCACACCGAGUACGCUCACAUCAAGACAACGCCGCUGGUGCACUCGUAUUCACAUUACUCGCCCGUCUCGUCAGCCCUGGCCGCGGAGCCUGUUGCUCUUGGCGUCGAUGAAGCAGGCCGGGGCCCAGUGCUUGGACCGAUGGUGUAUGCAGUCAGCUAUACCCCCAUCUCGAAGAACAAGGAGCUGGGCAAACUCGGAUUUGCCGACUCCAAGGUCCUAUCGUUCGACCAGCGAGCGACGCUCUUCGAUGUCGUGCUGGCAAAUCAGGACUGGAUCGGAUGGGCCGUCCACACCUGCAGCCCCACAGAUAUUUCUGGAUCGAUGCUGGGAAGGCAAAAGUACAAUCUCAACGCUCUGGCCCAUGACACCACCAUCAACCUGAUCAGAGAAGUCCUGGCUCGGGGCGUCAAGAUCAAAGAGAUCUAUGUCGAUACCGUCGGCCCACCAGCAUCGUACCAAAAGAAGCUUGAGGACUUGUUUCCGGGCAUCAAGGUGCGAGUCGAGAAGAAGGCCGAUGCCAAGUUCCCGGUCGUCAGUGCUGCCAGUAUAUGUGCCAAGGUUACAAGGGACGCUGUUCUGCAUGGCUGGACGUUUGUCGAGCGCGAUUUGAGUAUCUCAAAGAACUUUGGAUCCGGCUAUCCAGCUGAUCCGAACACAGUUGCGUGGAUGAAGGACAGCACCGACCCUGUCUUUGGAUUCCCGCAGGUUGCUCGGUUCAGUUGGUCGACGUGCGAAAACUACUUGCAAGACAAUGCCGUGGCAGUCGAAUGGCCCGUCGAUGACAGCGACAAGACCAAACAGCCGGCACAAUCUCGCUCAAAGAAGAGAGCGAUGCCGGGACAGAGCGCCAAGGCCUCAGCGGCACAUCCGCAAAACUUCAAGACCGACAAGACUUUCUUCAAGAGGCGUGGACUGUCGUAUGUGCGCUGGGAUCUGGGCACGCCAACGGAGCCUUGAGCGCUGUGCGGGAUUGUGGAGUGGGUGGCAAAUACAUCGAGCCUUGCGACCCGCCAAGCUGGAUCUACUCUGU